AUGUAUCCCGAUGCCAGAAAUAACCCACGUCUAUGUAGAGGCAAUAGAAAUAUACGUCAAGCAAAUGGAACCACUCAUCGUGCCUCUUCUCGUCCAGUAACAUCAGCACAUACCUACUGGUGUCCAAGUUCAGUAACAGAUAAUUCUAACAAUGGAUCUGGACAUCAUAACCAUUAUAGACCAUGUGACAGCCUUUGCUACCCGUAUAGCAGAAAUAAUCCCUGGAUGACUGUCAGUGACUUUUUAUGCCAUCCUUCAAGAAACUCUGGCCACAGAAGAGGUUUUCCAUAUCCCGGACAUGUAUUUGGUGGCCAUCAAAUUAUUCGGACGCUAUCAACCUCUGAGUCUUCAACCAAUCCAAACUAUUCGGUUGAGUCCACCUACUUAGUUCAAGCUGGUUCUUCAGAAAGUGAUACUUCCUUGUCUAUUCGGCAACGACCAACAGCUAACUUAAAAGUAGAUUGUAAACCUAAUAAUCAUGAUAAUUUGAGAAGUAACCUUAUCGAUGAAUUGCGCAGUAGCACAUAUCAGUGUAUGAUAUGCAUUUCAGAAAUUCGUGUUACUGACCGAAUUUGGUCAUGUGCUACGUGUUAUCACAUUUACCACCUAUCAUGUAUCAGGUCUUGGGCCAAAAAAUCAUUCCAGGAACCUAACAUCGAGUCUGGUUCAUCUUCCGUUUGGCGCUGUCCAUCUUGUCAAACAAAUUAUGAUAUGUCUCCCCAACUAAUUUCUUACCGAUGCUUUUGUGGACGCACUGAAAAUCCUGAAUUUCACCCUGCUCGUUUUACAAUACCACAUGGUUGUGACCAGGUUUGCAGUAAAGUGAAACGUAUAACUUCUGCAUCCAAUUUGUCUGAUUAUCAGUGCACCCAUCUUUGCACAGAACUUUGUCAUCCAGGUCCAUGCCCUCCAUGUUUAGCAACUAUCACUUUGAGUUGCCCAUGUGGAAAAUCUCAACGUCCUGCUACUUGUGGUGAUCCUAAUCUUCAACCUUGUGGUCAAAUAUGUGAACGUCAGCUUUCAUCUAAUUGUGCAACUGGUUUUCAUACAUGUUUAUUAACUUGUCAUUAUGGUUCUUGUAGUCCUUGUCAGUGGAUGAUUGAAACAGCUUGUUUUUGUGGUCAGGAUAAUAAUGUAAAGUUGAUUUGUGGCAGUAAUGAAAUACGAAAAUGCACUUUUUCUCAGAAAGAUUUACAAACUUUACGUACAGCUUUUGUGGAAUUGCAAAGUAAAAUAAUCAGUAACGAUUAUUCUGAUAUUUUAAAACUCCAGCAAAUAUCAAUUACUGACGAAUUAUCAUUACAUGCUAAUGAUGAUUUAAACAAUAGUUUAUCCUCUCAAUUAUCCAAACCUGAUAUCCACAUUACUGAUUCAACUAGAAUAGUUAAUGAUAAUAAUAAACAAAUUAUUUCGUCUGAUUUACUAUUGGUUAAAAUUGGUCCUACUUUCUCAUGUGAUCGUGUGUGUGGUCGUCAAUUAAGUUGCAACAAUCAUAAGUGCUCAAAUUACUGUCAUUCUGGAGAAUGUCCACCUUGUGCACUUGAUCCGGCAUGGUGUUUAACCUGUCCUUGUGGAAAAACACCUCUCACUAAAUUGGUAUCAACAAGUUGUUUAUACGGCAAUCGACAAUCUUGUACGGAUCCUCUACCUACUUGUCCUAAUAUCUGUGGGCGUCCUAGAUCACUAUGUGGUCAUACAUGUUCAGAAUAUUGUCAUACUGGCCCUUGUCCUCCAUGUGAAUUAUCUAUUUCAUUAAAAUGUCGUUGUGGACAAAGUUCAAAAGUAAUGACAUGUCAAGAGUUCUCUAAAUUAUCAGAUAAAGAAGGCGCUCCUGAACUCUGUUGUCAACGCGUAUGUAAGAAGAAAUUAAUUUGUGGUCGACAUAAAUGCAAAACAUUAUGUUGUAAUGAUACUAUACACUCAUGCCCUGAAAUCUGUGGCCGUCGAUUAUCUUGCCAACUACAUUAUUGUGAAGAACAGUGUCAUUCAGGCCCAUGCAAUUCUUGUUGGCGUGGUGUGAUUUAUUCAGAACUAGUAUGCCGUUGUGGUCACACCAUACUGCAUCCCCCACAGCCCUGUGGAUCUAGUGCACCUGAAUGUAAUCAACCUUGCAGUCUCGCACAUAAUUGUGAUCAUCCAGUUAAACAUACGUGUCAUAUGGAACCUAAGUGUCCACCUUGUACAGUCAUAAUGAAUAAAGUUUGUCCAGGAGGACACGGAGUACAGUUUAAAGUGCCUUGUUUUCAAGAAGUUCGAAGCUGUGGACGAAUUUGCAAUAAACCACUUUCAGGUUGCUCACAUCUUUGUCAGCGUAAAUGUCACGCCGGUCCUUGUUUGGAUCUCACUACAUCCGACGAAGAAUGUGAUACUGUAUGCAUCCAACCCUGUCAGAAACCUCGUCCUGGUUGCGGACAUCCAUGUGGUUUACCCUGUCACGAAGUUCGAAAUCAAUCAUGCUUGGAGGCUUUUUCUAAUCACGGUUCAGAAAGCCAGUUGAUUUGUACUGCAUUAGUAGAUGUCGUCUGUCGCUGUGGAAAUAUCAAACAAAAACAACAGUGUCAUCAGGUGUAUACAAAGCAAUAUCUACUUUUGGAGCAUGAACGCAAUAUGGGCAGUGCACCAUUGACAGGUAGUCAUUCACUUUUUACUGAACAUGAUUCUCAAAAGCCAAUACCUCUAUUAGCUUGUGAUAAUUCUUGUACUAGUUCUACAGAAUCACAUACAACCAGUCAAUAUGCUAAUACAAGCAAUUGGAAGAGAGGUUUAACAAACAGUUCUGAUGCUAUGUUGCCUAAUUCAGAUGAAAAUGAGUGCCCAUUUGAUCCUCCGGAGUAUCCUGAUCAUUUAAAGCAGUUUGCACUAAGAAAUUUUACUUUUGUUGAGAAUAUUGAAGAACAGUUGAAAAGUAUGAUUAUGCAGUUCUUGAAAUCCAAUAUUGAACCUACUGAUCCAAAUAAUCCUAAAGAAUACCCCAAAGUUCUGGUUCAUCAUUUUCCGCCUAUGAAUAAAAGAAAACGUCGAUUCAUUCAUGAUAUUGUAGAAUACUAUGGUAUGGAAGCUUGUACUUAUGAUCCGGGACCUAACUGUCAUGUAAUGGUUAUUGCGAGACGUGGUUAUUCCAAACUGCCUGCAGGAUCAAUGAGUAAUCGUGGAAGCCUUACCAGUGUACUCAAACGAGAAUAUCCUGGAGCCGUGAAGCUUUCCAACGAACAACCGAAAUUGGUAAAAGAUCCUAAGACUGACUGCAAUGUAUUACCUGUUUCAAAUAUUUCGACUUUGUCUUAUGCUCAAAUACUACGUGGAAAAAUCACUUAA